AGCUCGCAUGCUGGAGGGUCAAGGCACCCGGGAUUAUCCUCAAGAGACGUGCGAGCAAAGAAACCCUUGCCCCAACGACUGCCCGUGCAUCAGCGGGGACGACGGUCCCGGCUGUGAGUGCAUGUACCGCGAGGAAUGCUUCAAAGAUCUUCUGGCUCAUUAUCAGUUGCCCAUGGACAGCAUCGACCGAGAUUUGAUCCAAAACCCCUCGGGUCUUGACUCACGUGUCUACGGUUCGCCUGAGCUUGUGCAAGGAGUGAACAACAAGGCCCUGAAGAUCAUGGGUCGCUCCCAGUGGGUCCGUGUGACCGGCCCUAGCCACAAGCGAGAGUGCUUUGGAGACCUUGACCAUUGCCCCAAAGGUCUGUACAUGUAUGUGGAUGGCGUACAAGUUGCCCAUACCAGAACGGCCCGCCGUACAACAGAAGCAAGAGCUGACGACAGCAACAACGACUUUGUCAUCGGUCGUUCCAAUGACCGGUCUGGGUCAGGCAGCUGGGGGUCGAUGCUGGUGGAUGAUUUCUCCUUCAUGUCGACCUUCAAGUCAGAGGGGGAUGUCCGUGAAGCAGGUCCUGUGUACAUGUUCUACCUCUCCCUGGAUGAGGUGCGGGGUGACAAGGUGGACAUGAUUGGAGGAGAUGCUAAAGUGUUUGGACCAGCUCAAGAUGUCCCAGCUAAAAUCCGCCAUGGCCUUGGGUUCAUGGGCAGGGGAGAGUACUUGGACCUCGGAGAUGCUUCUGGCAAAUGUCUUGGAGAUCUGACCAUGUGUAGGCAUGGUUUUUAUGUUGCCUUUUUCAUCAGAUUCAACCGUUUGGACAAUGCUAAAGAGUAUAUCUUCAGCACUCCUCAUGGGUUUGAGAUUUAUCAAGCUGGCAAUGUGCUGACUGUUACUGCUCAGCGAGAACGUAGCCUGUGGGAGGCUAACUACAACCGUCUCCAGUCUGGACCUUGGUACUACGUGGAAGCCACCUGGUCUGCGAGAAUGGGACUCAGGCUCUACAUCAAUGGACAAGAGGUGGACAGGCAGACCAGAGAAAGUUUCCAGCGUGAGCCCCGAGUGACAAGGGAACUGAAUGCUUUUGUUGGUCGCAGCAACGAAGGUGGUCGUAGAGGACAGCUCACCAAUGCCAUUGUCGACGAGCUUAGUGUCUACUAUGGAGACAGGGAUAUGUUGUCCUCAAUUGGAUACCUUGACAGGGGUGUCCCACAGCACCGCCAUUUUGACUUUGAAGAGGUUCGCGGUAAUCGAUUGGUGGAUGAUUCUCUGACCAUCACGCUGAAUGGCUCACCACAGCAGGUGUCUGGCAAAGUGGGCCGAGCCUUGAAGCUGGAUGGCAGACGAGACUUUGUUGACUUUGGGGAAAGCCGCUCGGACUGUUUUGGCAACCUUGACCUUUGUCGGCAUGGUGCUUUGUACUCGAUGUGGCUGAAGCCUGACAGGCUUGGGGAGAAUAUGUACUUCCUAUCCAGUGGCGACAACGGUGUGGUGCUAAAAUACAGUGGAGGCAUGCUGCAAGCAGAAGCUGAGACUUCUUCAAGGAAAUGGAUGACGACUACCUCAAAGGUAGAGGCCGGCCGCUGGUACUUUGUUGAAGUGUCAUAUCAUCCUGUCCGAGGGCUGAGCCUUUAUAUCAACAACGAACUGGUGGCAGAGGACAAAGAAUCAUCCAGAAGGGACUCUCAACCCUCAGGCUCCUCACAGAGAAGCCGAUUCUACCUGGGACGUGGCAGUGAAUUGAUGAGAGAUGCCAGAUACGCUGAGGCUACAUAUGACGAGAUGGACAUGUGGUACGCUGACAGGGACUUCCUAAUGGCACAUGGUCAUAUUCAGAGAGAUCGCCCCCAAAGCUACAUCAUUGACUUUGAGGAGCUGGUUGGUGAGGACCGACUUCGACACCCUAAGCUUAACAUCAGGCUUAUUGGACGCCCUGUGCUGAUCCCCGGAAAGGUGAACAAUGCUUUGGAAUUGAGUGGACGCGGCCAGUAUGCAGACCUCGGGUUCCGGACCGGAGAGUGUAUGAGUGACCUCACACGCUGCUCCCAGGGCAUCACCAUCGCCUCUUGGAUGAGGUUCCAUCGCUUUGAGAACAAUAUGGUCUACCUGUCCACUGGGGAGAAUGGCAUCCUCAUGAUGUACAAGGAUGGCUAUAUUCAGAUCAGUGUUGCUGGCCGGGGUUUUGUUACUCUUCCAAGGUUUGCCACAAACCGCUGGUAUUUUGUGGAGUUGACUUGGCACCCAGAGACAGGGCUCAAGGUCUUUGUGGACAAUGAGCUGAAAGGUCAAUCUAAUAAAGACUAUGUGGCACCUCAAAGAGGUGGAAGGAGCAGCUUCUACAUUGGAAAUCCCAACCAAGGAGACGUGCCUUCUGGACGUUUCUCGACUGGUCAUUUUGAUGUGGAUGAAAUGGAAAUCUGGUACGGCAAGCGUGAAGAUUUGAUGGCUUUUGGAUACAUCAACAGAGGUUGGCGGCACAACUUGGGCUACGAGGCUUUUGCCUUUGACACCGCGGACGGCCGGCGCGUGGCCCACACCAAGUACGUAGUUCUGCUGGUCAACGGAGCCUCUAUCAUCCCUGGACGCUUUGGUAACGCUGUCCUUCUGGAUGGACGUGGUCAGUACGUGGACCUGGGCGAGCACUAUAACCGUUGCUUCGGUAACCUGGAUCUCUGCGCGCAUGGCUUGACACUGUCUCUGUGGCUCAACCCUCGCGACUUGCGUGACGGGACGACCUUUUUGUCGACGCCCACCUAUAACCUAUUCUACCAAGACGGGCGGCUGAAUUCUGAGUUCCAAGGAGAAACGACGGCUUGGAGAACGUCCACCACUCGGUUGAGAAGAGAUGAGUGGCAGAGGAUCACAAUGGCCUGGCACCCCAAGAAAGGCUUGACCAUGUACAUCAAUGACGAACUUGUUGAUCAGGACAGGAGAGGAACACAGGGUGUCACCAGGGCCAGACCCUACUCUGAGCAUGUCUACUUAGGCAGGAACCUCGUCUCUGACCGUACCCAGGCCAACAUGUUGGCUGAUGAGCUCCAGGUGUGGUACGAUGACCUGGACCAGUUGCGCGCUACUGGCCAGUACAGAGUUCAAGUGGUACCUCGCUCCAUCACCUUUGACGACUUCCGUGACAACCGUCUUCGCAUCCGUGACCGAGAGAUCCGUGGUCAUGGAGAAAUCCGGCUGACACAGGGCAAGGGAGCUAACACUCGUGCCAUCUACCUUGUUGGCACCACUGGUUAUCUGGAUUUGGGCGCCAACUUUACCUGCGGAGGUGACUUGGACACCUGUCGCCAGGGAGCCACCCUUAGACUGGGUGUUCGCCCCAUGGUGUUACAGAACGGCAUGACCUUCUUUGACUCUUGGCCCAUGAAGCUUUACUACAAGGAUAACCGUCUCAUCGGACAGCUGCAGACAGAAUCCCAGAUCUGGACAGUAGACACAACAGAAUUCCGACCUGGAACCUGGCAGAGGGGUGGUCAAACAUAUGCUAACACUGCCGUGGACAGUAUCGAGUUCUGGACAGCCUUCAGAGACUACCUGCCGGAGGACGGAUACCUGAAGAUUGUAACUGCAACCCUACCUACUCGCCCACCCCCCACACGCCCGCCACCCACACGCCCGCCACCCACGAGACGACCCCGAACUCGUAGACCAGGUAUCAGCAACAAUGGAAUAGAUCUGGUUGGUGACGUAGGGAGCAGCAUUCUUGAGCUGGACAUUGUUCCAGAUGAAGUAAUUGAGUUUGGAGAGAUUACUACUCAGUACCCACCCCGAACUAGAAAGGUCAAAAUCAUCAACUUCAAUGGCCGCUCAUUUGUCCAGUUCAACUUCAACCGACUGCCCAGAGAAUACCUGCAGCCAGCGGACACUGAAGAGUUCCAGUUUUACUUCUUAGCCAAUCAGCCGGAUGGUUUAAUCUGGUUCCAUGAGGAUCAGACUCGUAAAAUGUAUCUGGCCCUCAGGGAUGGCUACCUUGUCUUUGUCAAUGAUGAUGGCACUGGUUCUCCCGAUGAAAUAACUAUCGGUCAACGUGAGGGAAAGCGCUUUGAUGAUGGUGCCUGGUAUCUGUUCCGCUUGAGCCGCAGAGGCAGAAAGGUGACAAUGACAGUGAACAACAAUUAUCCUGUGGAGUACAUCUUUGCUGAGAACAUCCAGUUCCUGGUGCCUGCAGAAGUGUACCUGGGAGGAACCACCAACACCUACGCAUCCACAGGAGGUCGUGUAGUGCAGAACUUUAAUGGUGGCCUUGCUCUUGUUUUAUACAAGACUGAGACACGGCAGGGUAACAGAGUCUUCAAAAAUGAAGUUAAUCUAAUUGCUGAGCUUGGAGAUGAUGUCAACGGUGACGGUAUUGACGUGGUCACCGUGGACUGGCCGCCUCGUGGUACUUGGCCCACGCCUCGCCGAACACGACCUACACGUCCCACACCGCGCAGGACGCGGCCCACACGACCCACACCCCGCCGCACAAGACCCACCAGACCCACGCCCCGCCGCACAAGACCCACCAGACCACCAAUAACAACCAGACCUCCACCCUUGUUGACGUCUGUCACAAUCAAAGACAAAGAAGUCUUUUUUGUUCUACAAGAGCGUUUCCAGAUCCAAGCCGGCAGCGCCCUGUCUUUCAAGUUCCAGACCAUUAAGCGUGAAGGGCUUCUUGUGUACACCACCAGCAAUAUCAUUGGCAGGAACUACCUAGCCUUGGAGAUCUUUGAUGGGAAGCUCUACUUGGUUCACAACUUUGGCGGAGAGUCCAAGAGGACUCUUCUGUCUGAGUCUGAAGUAUCGGAUGGACAGCCUCAUGAGGUGAUUCUGAAGUUUUACGACACACAGAUUGCCACUCGACUGGACAGAAACUCCCAAAGAAUCAGAAUCAUUAGCCCUGAACGUUUGCCUCGUGACUUGGGCCCAUUGUACAUUGGUGGCUACUCCACCAUGGAGCUCCUGCCAUGGCACACGUGGGCUCGUGAGGGCUACCAGGGUUGUAUAGAAGACCUGCAGAUCAGUGGACGGAUCAUCGAUCUUCACCGCUAUGUACAGAACCAGCAACUGUUUGGCCGUGUGGAUCGUCGGUGCAGUGCAAUGCCUCAGCAGUGCUCUACCCAGAGUCCCUGUGUGCACGGUUACUGUGUGAACAAAUGGGGAAAUUACCACUGCGACUGCCGCGCCACGGACUAUAGUGGGAAGCGGUGCGAAGUCCCUGCAUGGACUGGAAUGUUCAAUGGCUCGACAACCUACAGGCUGGAAUUCCGACCUGAACAGAGGUUCCAUAGGGAUGAUAUCUCAUUCCGCUUCAAGACCAUGGUGACAGAUGGGCUCAUCUUUCACACAAAGGCUCGAAGUGACGGAGGCUUCAUGAGGGCUGAGCUGGAAGGAGGAAAGAUUAAGAUUACCACUAAUCUAGGAGGAGAAUACCAGACUUUUUAUCUGGGUGAGAACUUGAAUGAUAUGCAAUGGCACACUGUCUACAUGCAGCGUCGGGGGAACCAGAUGGAGGUUUGGAUUGACGAUCUGGACCAUGAAAAAAAGAUUCUUCCCGGAGAAGGAUUUUUCCUGUUUAUCAAAAAUAUCUUCAUUGGAGGAUACAAAGACGGAGAGGUGGACUAUUUAGGAGAUGUAAAACCAUACAUUGGCUACCUCAGAAACUUUUAUGUAGGAAAAUUUGAUAUUCUCAACGAAAUUCACACUGGUGGAGAUGGAAUCUUCUUUCAAGAACCCAACCUGCCUCCUCUUAUUUUCUACGAUGUUACAUUCCCAAGCUAUGACCUUUUUAUCAAGCUGCCAUCUCUUGGCCGAGUUUCAAAUUUGAACUUGAACUUUGUGUUCAAGACCACAGAUGAGAAUGGAAUCAUUUUGUUCAACGAGGGACGUAACAAGGAGCUGUUUGCUAUUGAGCUGUUUAAUGGCAGAGUCUUUGUUAAGUUUGACAUUCCAGGCAAACCACCCCUUACUAUCGUUACCCUCGAGGGCGCCAAGUACAAUGAUGGUAAAUGGCAUGCUGUGUCGGUGGCUUACCGCAACAUCAAGGGGCAGAAGCAGGUGACCAUGUCUAUUGACGGCCACACCACCUCCCACUCGCACUCUGGAAUCCACUCCAUUAAUCUUCGGGGACCUCUGUACAUUGGUGGCUUGCCAGAAGAACUGUUUGAGAAGAAAUACAUUCGAGAGUUCUUGUCAUCCAAGAAUGGAUACCGUGGCUGUCUGGCCUCCAUGGAUUUUGGACAAGGGUUGCCUGACAUCUUUGGCUACGGCACAGCACAGAAUGUCAAUAUUCUGAAUAAAUGCCAAGACAUCCGAACAAUGUGUACAGAGACGUCUUGCAUGAAUGGUGGAAUUUGCCAUGACAACUUGAAAGACGGCUCUACAUGGUGUGAUUGCUCAAUGACAGGUUUUGCUGGCCCUGUCUGUUCAAAUGAACCAUUGGGCUACUACUUCCGCAGUCAAGGAAAGUAUGACCUCUAUGGCAUGAUGGUGUACAACUACCCUGCUUUGAAGCGAAACGACAAUGAAAAGGAUGAGAUCAUCUUCGGUGUAAUGACUGAAGAGAAGAAUGCAGUCUUGGCCAAGUUGAUCUCUGGCAUCUUUGACGACUUCAUUGAGAUCAAGAUGGUUAAUGGCUAUGUGGUGGUGACCUAUGACACUGACGGCAAGGGUGCGUCGACCACCAUCACCAAUGGCGACAUCGACAUUAGUGACGGUCGCUACCAUAUCAUUCGUUUUGUUCGCACUGCAGACAAAGGAACUCUGUAUGUGGAUGAGGGCGUCAACUUUAAUUCUCACCUCACUUCUCAUGGCAAAUUUGAUCGCUUGAGCAAGAUUUUCAUUGGUGGAGUGUACCAGGGUGGACAAAUAGUCAAUGGCACUGGUUUCCAUGGCAUCAUCGGCGGUAUGUAUGUCAAUGGUGAGCUCAUCUUCCCAUACGCCGAGAAGAAUGUGAGAACAGAUAUCUAUUAUGAUGUCCGUGUUGCCCCUAUUCCAUACAAGCUUGGACCUAUAGUAACAACACCAAAGAUAGAAUGGAGCACCACACCAAAACCAACCUUACCAGUCACACUUCCCCCUACAACGACGCCAGUGAUUGGCAUUCCGGUUAUUCCCGGUGAUGUGGGCGGCGGUGGCCUGGCCUGGACGGUGGGUGGUGGUGGUGGAGGUGAUAUCGGAGUGGUUGUCUUUCCAGACGGAAGCGGUGGCACUGCUGUUGGUGUGGGAGGAGGAAUCCCCCCUCCUAUAGGAGGUGCAGCAGGGCAGGUUGCAGGAGCCGGUCUAUCAGUGGUCCCCAGCCUCCCAGUAACUGGACCUCGUGCUGGAGCUGUGGUGGGCACCAUCCUUGGACUCAUGGCAUUGGCUAGCAGCUUGAUGUGGGCUUUCUAUAAAUGUAAGCCUGGCUGGUGCUUCCGUCCCCCGGCAGAAGUACCUCUCAACAUCUCUGCUCCGAAAUCUCCCACAAACAAGCCUGUUGUCCAAGCUGCGUCUGCUGCUGUUGCCGCCGGUGAUGGAGCAGGAGCAGGAGCAGGUGGUGCUGGUGGUGCUGGUGGUGCUGGUGGUAGCGGUCUUGACGUGGUGGAUGCUGCUGUGACAACAGGUGGCGCCAAAGGUGGAAUGAUCAGCGCAGGAAAUGCUGGAAGUGUUGCCGGGGCAGGAGGCAUGGGGGGCAGUAACUCCUACUACUACUCCCAACAGACUGCGUCUAACUCCCUCCAGCACGGGGAAAGUUAUGAUUCCGCCACUUUGCGGGCAAUGGGGGCCUUUUCCAACAAAGGUACAGCCAUAGGGACUCCUCGUGCGGCCAGAGCACAGUUUGGAUCAUCAUCCGCCUCAGCAAGUGGCUACUCUGUCACAGAGACGAACGCUAUCACUCCUGGCUCCCUGCAAUCUUAUCAGUUUGAUGCAGGCAACAGCAAUGCAGAUUAUGAUGUAGCCACUGGUGUUCAUUCCAACUAUCAGAGCAACACUCUUGGUGCUGGGGGAGGCGGUGGUGGAUUCUCCACUUCCACAAUGUCAUCCAACUAUAAUUACUCUGUGAAGACAAUCCGCACUGUGGGAGGACAGCAGGCCAUGAUGGGAUACAAUGGCAGCGCAUCCAAUGUGAUUGUGACUCCAGGAGCCAUGGGCGAGGAAGUGAGAGUAGACUGUUGUCUUAUGACCGGAGAUGGAAACAGUGUGGUCACUGGCUCCAGCCUGGGACCACCUCAAGUCUGGAAUAUGUCUAAUGGAGAGCUCCUUCGUAUAAUGCAAGGAGAAACAGUUGGGUCCACAUACCUUCACCUCGUGAGCAACGAUCGUUUGCUGGUCGGUGCAAUCAACUCAGAUUUAGAAAUUAAUCAAUACUCAGUGCCGAAAGGAGUACACAAUUAUGUUUUCCAGAUUUGGGACUUUGCCUCAGGCCGUCCUUUGGACAUGGCCCAGAUUGAGACCUGCUCCGCUUUGACCACAAUGAGUGACAACAAUAAGGUGGUCUUCGGUAGAUCUGAUAACUUUGGUGGAGGCACCAACAUCGUGGUCUGGGAUCUGCUUGGCAACCAGGCCAUGAAAGAGAUGAGAUACGACGCCCCUGUUGGAAACAAUGACUACGUUAGUUAUAUUAGUAUGUCUCAGAACGACAGAUAUGUGAUAUCAGGCUUUACCAACACCUUUGACAACUUUGCCGAGUUUGUCAUCUUUGACUUGAACCAAACGUCUUACAAUGUGACUGACCCCAACAUCUUGCGACUGGAUGCUGUCCCAGAAUGCACCGCUGUACUGCCCCAUGACGAGGCUGUCACUGGACUCAGGAAUGGAGAUCUUGUCGUCUGGAGCUUGAGAACAGGUCAACCUAGUCGCCAGCUUUUGGCCAACAACGGAAAGCAUGCCCACUCUCGCGAGGUCAAGGCCGUGGCAAGAUCAGAGGACAAUAAGUAUCUGGUCUCUGCCUCGGCUGACGGAACAUUGAAAGUCUGGGACCUGAGCUCUGAGAGGCAUAUGUGCACUAUGUCUGGUCACAAUGAUGAGGUCUGGUGUUGUGCGGUCUCGGCUGACAACGAAAUCGUGGUCUCUGGGUCACGUGACGGUACCAUCCGUCUGUGGAGGCUGCGCAACGGACAGGAGAUCUGUGCCUUCAACGCCGGCGUGGAUGUCUUCUACAUCACCAUGAGCCACGACAAGGGCACCAUUGUUGCCCUAGGAGACAAAUAUGGUGCCCGCAAACUCAUCAUGUUGCAGGUGGUCAGGUCAAAGGUCAAGAGACAGGUUCUGGCUUAAGUGGUGACCCUACUAGUUCCUGAGGGGUGAUUUAUGAUCUUUACCCCUCACAUUUUUGUUCAGACAGUAAAAUCAAAAUUUUGCAGCUUCAAUUUCUUUCUUGCUCUUGAAAUUAAUGAGAGAUAUUGCCGAUUCAGUUAUAUAUCAUUUAAAAUCACAGUAAGGAGGUUAUGAAUUUAAGACAAUUGUUUAUUUUUAGAGGUUGUUGAUUAUCCUUUAAACAUGAAAAGUUCGUUAAGACAAAAGAACUUUUGAAAACAGUCUGAACAACUACAAUUCUAAGAGCAAAUGUCUCUGGAAAAUUUAUCUUUACAGAAAUGGUUGUUCUCCAGAAAUGGUUGAGAAAAUACUCUGAGACUUAAGUAAAAAUGCAUUUGCCAAAGCAAUAGUUGUUGUCUUUUCCUUGUCAUAGUCAUAUUAACUGCUACUUGUGUAGCCAAUACUGGUCUCAUAUUAAAGCUGAUAUAAAUGCCUUGUACCCACUUAUAUGCCUUAAACUUUGCAACUAAGUGCACACAUCUGUAAGUCCUAAACUAAAAUUGAUGUCAAUUUCCCUUUUCUGCAGAAUCAGACUUCUAUGUCCCUGAAGUUUUGAUUGUACAUUUCUGUCUCAUUUGACAUUGAUUGAAAAUAGUUUGAGCUGUGAGCGGGAUUCCAUGACAUUUAGGCAUUCAAAAAUGCCAUAGCUUUUUAGCAUAAUGAAAUACGGAAAUUUAUACAUCAUUUGCUGUUGUUAUCCACUGUGCAUAUAGGUUUUUUAAGUAGCUCCUAAAGAGCUAAGUGAUAUUUGAAAGUGAGUUUUAUAUUCCAUAGAAGCCGUUACAACUCUACAAAUUUUAGAUUGAUUUCCGUACAAUACAAAAAGAAUAUUUUAAAAGAAUAUUAAUUGUAGACUUUUGCAACAGUGGUUUUAAUCUGACCUAUUCCAUUCUUCAGCAUUUUGUUUUGUACUUUUAUACAAGAAUUGUAACGUUCGAUUUAUUCAUACCUUGUUGCUUCACUACAAAAAAAAACCUGUUGUAUUCUAUCUGGUGAAGGCAAUAUGUUCUAAUUUUAUGAAGAGCAACGAAGUACAAAUGGUCUAUAGUCUUCAAGAUUUUUCUUCAAUGCAAGUAAAAAAAAAAUCAAGUAUGAUUAAUUUAAUACUAGAAGACAGCUGUUUUUCAUUGUCUCCUUUCUUUCUUUCAGCCUUUUGAGAUUCAAUAAGUGGUAUUUUUUCUUACAUUUUUAUUUUGAGCGUGAGUAAUACUCUAUUUUACAGUACAACAUGUUUCUUAUGAGAGAAGAUACAUAUUUCCUAUGGUGCUACCAACUUUCUAUACACUUGAGAAAAUUAUUGACGUUUUAAUUCACUCUUUUUCCUUAUAAAGUUGUCUGAUGUGUUAGGUUUAUAUUUACACUUUUAUAUGAGCUACAUUCGUGCCUCUGUGUGUAGACCUUCUCUCUGUGCUAUACAUUUUUCCGUGUGUUCUUUGGUCUGUAUUGUGUAGAAAUGUAUUGAAUUUACUCUUUAUGGAGAUUCCAUAAUUAUGAUUGGAAGAUGAGAUCUGAAUUGUGAAAUACAAAGUGGGUUUUUUUUUUUUUUUGUCUUUUACAUUUUACAACAUAUAACGCAUUGUUAUGAACUUGAACUCUAUGCAAUAAAAACUCAAGGUAACUGAAUUCCAGAGAAGAAUCUCUUAUAGCAAGUAUGUCUCUGAUUGAUUUAACUGUAUACUUAGACUAAACAACCAAUAGAUUUUAACAUAAUUUUUUUCAUUAAUAUUUUGACCAUGAAAUGAUAUUACACUUUUGUUCUUUAGUUGAAUUUAAGAAAAAAUUUUUUUUCGCAUUCUUAGAAUAAAUUUCAUUGAUGCUAGGUAUAAGGUGUGUGUGUUUUUGUUUUUCUUGUUGUUUUUUUUUUGGCGUAAUUUGUUAUAAUCAAUUCUUGUAGUUGCAAUGGUGAAGUGAAAGGCACUAUGUCUAUCUAUAAUUCUGCAUGCCUUGGAUGUCAGUCGUGAAAGGUUUUCCUUAUUUAAUGCUUCUCUCGGGUUGUGUACAUGAUUAUAGCCAAUAAAUUAUUAGCCUUUACCCAGGCCUCCUCCCUUUCUUAUUGUAGACACGUCCUUGAGGUGAAGAAUUCGAUGCUUAUAUCAGCAAAGCACAGAAUGUUCAUACUUUAGAAUGAACACUACUUAAAAGACCGCUGGGCUUUUGUAUGUAUUCUUUGUGUCAUCUUCCCUGAUUUGAAGUGCAUUCGUCUUAGUAUAAUUAUCAAAACCAAAUAGUUAUGUUGACUUGUUACAACAACAAAAGUCCCUUCUCUUCAUAAUGAGAUCAUAAUGAACUCUCGUUUUACCUCUUCUGUGUCUCGUGUUUUCUGUGAUCUAAGAAGGUGUGAUAAUAAUUGAUAUAGUUCUCUUCAUUUUGGAUCGAUUGUGCGAAAUAGUUGCAAAAAAGCUAAAAAUAGUCAACAAAGGACUGAUUAUUUAGCAUAGAAAGGGAGGAUGCCUGCCCUCCACUAGUUACUGCAUUUAUCAAAUUGUGAGACCUUGGUCUAUAUGCUCGUGUAUGAAUAAAGUGCCUGAUAUUUCUUACAUAA